AGAUACAUAUAUAGAAAGUGGUGGUUCAUGCCUGGGGAGAGCUGACGUCGGCUGUUGGCUUGCGCGUCGAGUUGAGUGAAUUUGAUUACGUAAUCCAUUUUCCAGCCAAGCUCGAUCACUUUCUCAAGGGGGCCGACCCAUCAUCAUCCACAUCCUCAACCGCAAUAACAGCAAGACCAAACCCAGGAAACCGACUCAUCUCCAAGAUGUCGCGAAGCUCUUACGAUAGAUUCUUGACCAUCUUCUCGCCCGAGGGAAGGUUGUAUCAAGUCGAAUACGCCUUUAAAGCGAUCUCCAACUCCGGCCAGACUUCGGUGGCUAUCCGAGGAAACGAUUGUUGCGUCGUGGCUACUCAAAAGAAAGUCCCUGAUAAACUUCUAGAUCCUAGCACAGUCACCCACUUGUUUAAGAUUACUCCGGGUAUUGGUUGUGUGAUGACGGGUCUGAUCGCUGAUGCAAGAGCUCAAGUCUCUAGAGCUCAAUCAGAAGCCGCUGAAUUUAGAUAUCAAUACGGAUAUGAAAUUCCUCCGGAUAUGCUGGCGAAAAGGCUGGCGAACAUCAAUCAGGUUUACACUCAAAGAGCGGCCACUCGUCCCUUAGGCAUUGUAAUGAUUUUGAUAGGCAUCGACUCUGAGCGAGGGCCGCAAUGUUUCAAGAUCGACCCGGCCGGGUACUUUGUCGGGUACAAGGCCACGGCCGCAGGGACCAAGCAAUCCGAGGCGGCCAACCAUCUCGAGAAACAGUUCAAGAAAGAAGGCCCAAACGCAGUGAACUUGAACGGAAACGGGGCGAUCGAAUUGGCCAUCACCACCCUCAAUACCGUCCUAGCUACUGACUUCAAAGCGACCGAGAUCGAGAUCGGUUUGGUCACUAAUGAGAACCCUGAGUUCAGAGUCCUUUCAACCGAGGAAGUUGAUACUCAUCUGCAACGAAUUGGGGACCAAGAUUGAUAAACCAAAUGUACGAAAAUAAGCUUAGUUGUUGUUGUGGAAUGUAACCCCCGAAGCCGGGACACACACCAGCCAUCCUGAUCUCCGAUACUCAUUAUUCAGAGACCUCUGAGAUCGGCUCAAUCGAGAUGAAGGAUGCACUCCAAGGGGCAACAGCCAUUUGAGCUAACCAGCGUGCAGGAAAACUCUGUCCAAGCGUAAAACAAAGAUUGUAUUAUUCUCAUUUUUGUUCUGGGAUCAUCCUGGGAUUUUUCAGAUCGGCUCGUUUGGCUUGAGUCGAUUAUUUAUUUGCUUUGCCAUCCUUCCAAAGAUCAAGUCAAAUACAACACCAAAAAGGUUCGACCACUCAGUGGAGGGAAAGGAACGCCAUUGAUCUCCGCCAUACUUUGCGAAAGAAAAUCAAACUAAAUGAUCAGAUCUAUGUCAAGGUGCCAA